AUGAAGACGCUACAGAGCUCCUCGCGAGGCCGUGGUGGGCGUGGUGGGCGCGGAGAUAGACGCUUUGCCUCGCGGUACACCGACACCCGCUUUCAGAUCGCCCGUCACCGUCGUGGUGCGGGACGUGGCAGCAACCCACGUGACGCUGCGCUGAGGGAUCCCCGUUUUGCGAGGCAGCUUGAGGAAAUGGGGAAAGUUCCGGCAGAGUCUGAUGAUGAUGAGGAGGAGGAGGUGGGGGUGGUGGGUGAGGACAGGAAUGAGGCGGAUGCACGCCACGAGGAUUCCGAGCAAGACAAUGAAUACACCACUGACGAGAGUGACGCGGCGUUGUCGGAGGGAGACGAGAAGGAGCUUGACGACGAGGUGGAGGCCUGGUCGGCAUCGGAUGUGGAAUUCAUUGAGCCGCACCGUCGUUUGGCGAUUGUGAACUGCAGUUGGGAUCAUAUUCGAGCCGUAGACCUUUACACCAUUCUCUUUUACGCGCUUCCACUGGGUGGACAGCUCAUCGACGUUGCUGUGUACAUGAGCGACUUUGGCAAGCGCAUGCUUGAGCAUGAACGUGUGCACGGUCCAGAUCUGUGGGUUAAGAAUGAGGAGAGGGAGGAAGACAGCGAGGCUAGGCAGAAAAAUCACCACUACCGCCAGAACGACAGUGGCAUAGGGGAGGAGCUUGUGGACGCUGAGGACAACCACGACAACAACGAUGAGGAGGAUCCGUGGGAGGACGACAAUGUCGCAAUGCUGCACGAAGAAGGGGAGGAUGGAGAGCUAUUCUCGCAAGGGAAAUACCGCAAGUACGAGCGCGAUCGCAUGAAGUACUUCUAUGCCGUUGCUACGUUUGACUCGGCGGAGACGGCGGAGACAGUCUACAAGCAGUUGGACGGCAUGGACAUUGAGGCCAGUGGCGUCGUGCUGGACCUGCGCUACAUCGACGACGACGAGGUGUUCGAAAACCCUGUCAACAAGGCUGACAGUAUUCCUGCUAACUACAGACCCCUCGCCGCGUUCAAGGCUGCGGCACUCUCGCAGACCCGCUUCCGCAUUUCGUGGGAUCAAGAUGACUUCUUCCGAUAUCGCUCCAUCCGCGACAGCUUCACCGGUGACACAGCGGAGGAUGACAUCGCGGCGUACAUUGCCCCACCUGACUCCUCCGACGAGGACGAUGUUGGCGAGGUUAGCGGCAACAAGAAGAGCAACGCCCGGGAGAGGCUCCGCAUUCGAAAGAAGUACGCCAGUUUGCUAGAAGAGAUCGGUGGACUGCCUGAAGAGGAGCAGCGCGGCGAGAGCGAGGAGGCGGGUGCAGCAGGGGAUGAACCCAGCGACGACAACUCGCUCAAUCGCUUCAGCGACGUUGAGUUGAAUGACGAGGAGGAGGGAGAGGAAAACGCCUCUGACAAUGCGGAGUUUGUGGGUGACAUGGAGGCAACCCUGGAUCUUGACGCGGGGACAAAGGCGGCACGCUUGCAGCGCGACACCCAGGUCAAACAGAGGAUGAAUUCUGUUGAUUUGGGAAGUCAGGCCGAGCUAAAGUACAAGCUCCGCCGUAAAGAGAUGCGGAAGGCGAAGAUGGAGAUGUUGGCUCAGGAACGUGAGGCGGAAGUGGCGCAACGGCAAGAAGAACGCGAGAAGAAGAGGCAAAUGCUGCGUGAGACACUUGGCACCGACGACGCCGGUGCCAAACACGUGAGCGGUCGGGAGAAGCGGAAGACGCACGCCAAGUUGGUGAAGCAACGCGUGGCCGCUGAGCGGGAGGCAAAGAAAAAGAUGCGGGCGUCCAACUCGCUUGGUGUCAGCCGGGAGGUGCGUGAGGCGCAGCGAUCCGAGGCCGCCACUGACGCGAUUGAUCCGCGCUUUCAGAGUAAACUGCUCACCGACCCGCGCUUCCACCUGGACGUUGCGCAAAAAGACAAGCGAACGAAAUCUGAACUUGUGGAUCUGGCAGCCACCGUUGCCACAGCAAGACGGGCAAAGCGUCACGCGUCGCAGAAGGACGCGAAGCCUGACAGUGCUGUGGAGUAUUUCUUGAAUCGUCCCGUCAAGAAGGCAAAGCGAGAAUGA